AUUGCCGAUCUGCACUGAAAGAGGAGCGGGGUUGAGUCGUGCCUGAACCGAGGUGUAGCUUGAAUCUCUAAUAUUGACCCCCCUGACACUCAUGAGUGACAUCUCGACCGAAAAAAUACAACAUGACGUUGACAAUCUCACGGAAAAUAAAGAUUACCUCGUCGGUCAUCUGCCAUUAGUUGCACAAAUACUCAUAGAUUCAGGCACACUUUUGGAGAAAGAUGCGUCGGCAUCGACACUGUCAGUGAUAUGGAAUCAAGUAACACGGCUAGCGCAAGUGUUGGCUGGCACUCUGACCUCCGAAACUGUGCGUGCCAAUUUGGGCGAGAACAUGAUUAUCGAACAUGUAAUUCGACUGCUCAAAUUAUCGACCGAGAGUCAGUUAGAUUUCCGUGUACAAGCACUCCGGGUCUUGGGCAAUGCAUGUAUUGAUUAUGACGACAAUAGAAAACGUGUUCUUGAAGCUGGCGCAGUUCAACUUGUAAUUCCCUUUUUACAAGAAAGUCAAAACCCUGAUUUAACGAAGGUUGCAUGUGGAUUCUGCUUAAACAGUAGCAUGGAUUAUGAUCCUAUACAGAAAGCAAUCAGUGAAACUGAGGGUGUCAGCUACAUGGCCCAUCUAUUACAGCCGGCGCGGAUGGAUCAUGGUGAAGAAGUCAUGGUUACAAUUGCAGCGAAAGCCUUGGACAAUUUGAUGGGAGAUGGGAAAGAUGCAGGUCGCAAAGCAUUCCCACUUGACUGUGUUCCACGCUUACUAGAAAUGGUAAAAUAUGAAUGGCAAGUCGAUCGGUUCGAGAAUCUUGACUUACUCGAAAGCUUAGUGGAUGUCCUGCUUCAACUUAUCGCUGAGGAUGAGCCUGUACAAAAUGCAGUUAUCGAUUCCGGUUAUCUCUCAGUGUUGCUUGAUUUUAUGGAAAAGGCUGAGCUAAAGGAUGAGGAUGCGGAUGAAGAAGAUACCAAGCACUUUGAGCAAAUUCAAACUAGCGUGAGCAAAGUCGUUGUUUGUGCUACAUACAGCGACUCUAAAUUAGAGGAGCUCUAUGCGGAUAAGGAGCUACUAUCAAGAUUUAUGUCAUGGGCUACAAGCAAAUCCGAGAUAUUAGCUCAGUGUGGUAUUUAUGUAAUUGGCAAUCUUGCUCGUACAGAUGAACACUGUAUUGAUUUGGUGCGUACACACCAUUUGGAAAAGACGUUGCUAAGUGCGUUUGAGUUGACGGACAAGGCGAUCUUCCGAUAUGCUGUUCUCGGUUGCCUGAAACAUCUCUGUUUGCCAAAGGAAAACAAGACUGUUAUCGGAGAGGCAGAUGCUAUAGCCAUCGUUUCACCAACCCUGGAAUCAACUAAUGAUAUGCUGAAACGAAAUCAAUUUCUUACUAUUGGCAUCAUUAAACUCUUGUGCGCAAAUGAAUAUGGUAAUGCCACAAAGGUUAUUAGUGGCAAGCUAGUAAAUAGUAAAAUGGAUAAAUCUCCCUUGGAUCUUGUAAUGGAUUGUCUUGGACGAUUUGAUGAUCCAGCUGCCAAGAGUGAAGCCACACGUAUCCUUACAAAUCUUAUCAAAUCCGUUUGGUUUCACCAAGAUGCCCAGGCUUCAUCAACCUACCGACAAAAACUGACGAAGAGCUCAAUUAUACAAGCAAUCUCUGAAAUGACGCGAACAUCCAAAUUCCCUAUUCUCAGGAAUGAUGGACUCGUUGCAUUAUCGUUGAUAUUUGCAGACAGCCGAUCAGAUACAGGAAAGGAAAUGUUGCCAGAAGCCCUGUCAAUUGUUACUGGUGAACCACCAAAACUACCAUUACCAGAACAGGAUGAAGAACAAGAAGAGGAUCCAAGCGAACAGCAGCAGCAACCCCAAGAGACACGCUCGUUUUUAGAAGUGCUCACUGAAUUGGUUGGACCCGAAGGAAAGAUGCCCAUGGAAAUUCGAUGCAACGGUUGUGUUUUGAUUGAAAAAAUUGCCAGUGCUGCUGAAGCCGUCAAGGACACUGUAGCACUCGAAAAGGUGAAGACCGCAUCCCAUGAACAGUUGCAGCGGCUGCUCAAGGAAGAACAAACAUUGACAUCAUCCAUGAUCGCUCCCAUCGUUCAAAAAGCACUAACAGUAUUAGAUGGAUCGAGUGAUUAAUAUCAAUAAAGGAUUUCUUGGUCUAAAGAUCAAUGAGAAGGAUCGAACUAUGACACCAUGUGUUAAGCUGUGCUUCGCAACUUCCUG